AGUCACCCUCUCGUCACGACUGUCACUGCGACCGCAUACCUUCGGGCCCCCCAAGAAAGACACCGCGGUAACGUUACGGUCACCCACCGUAACCGAUCCUUUCGCGACGACGGAGGACACAAUAGAUUUGUUCAACGAGUUCACGCAGGGCAUGGAUCUCGCAAGUACUCACUUGACUCCCACCCCCUCGUCCUCUCGCAAGCGUUCCAGAGAGAACGAGACUCCCCAGCAACGCCAAAAGCGAGAAAAGGCUGCUGAGAGGCAGCGUAGAAAACGCGAGAGGGAUCGCGCAGCUAGCCAGCAGCAGAACCAGAAUCCUAUCUUACAGAUGCAGCCUGGUUUCCCGCCGCCUGAGACCCCUGUGUCUGCCCCGCCUUCACUGCCCGAGCAGACGGAUAGUUCCCUGAGCCCAGAGGAAGCUGCUCGGCAGGAACGCGUGCGUGCGUCCGCCAGAGAACGUCAGAGGAAACAUCGUGCCCUCGUAAAACAGAAGAAACUGAGAGAGCUUGGUAUCGAUAUGGGUAAUGAUGUUUCCCAUAAUGGGGUCGAGGAGAUCCAGUACCACGGGCAGUACCAAACUGUUAUGCCCCACGAAAUUCCCCCACCACAUAUGCACCCACACUCCCAUCCUGGACAUGAACCAACCUUCCACCAGCAACCUCUUGGCGGGCAGACGUUCGCGUCGACCCUCCUGCUUUCUUUCUCAUGCGCGCCCCUACUGAAACAACACCUUCUUCGAAACCUCAAUAUGACCAAUGAGGAACUUGCUUCUCUUGAACCCAUCAUCGCGCAUGCGUGGGAUCAGUGGGACCAACAGCGACGUAUGUAUGGACAUCCUCCGCCUCCUCCGAACGCCCCCAAACCACCUGACGGAUCCGCCGAUCCUGCUGCUGUAGCAGCCGCAGCCGCGGUGGCAGCAGCUACAGCUUCCUAUGCCACCCUUCAGCCUGAUCACACCGUUUCCCAUCCGUUCGUUCACGAUCCUUCGCAAGCACCGAAUGAUUUUCGCUCAAGGUUCGCCCGUAGCCUAGUCGCGCCCUCACCAUUCCGAACUGGGAUUGUUCCAGACCAGCAGUCACAGCAGCACCAGCAACAGCAACAGUCGCCGCAAGCACCCAAUGGUGUGUCCCAACCUAACUCUGCGCCAAAUGCUCCCCCGCAAUCCCUUGAUCCGAGCCUAACGACGAACCCUCCGCAGUCGCAAGUGGGCAUUGACCCGCAACUCGGUCAAGCUAGGGACGAGGCUGCCGGAGUGGCGGGAAAACUUGAGGGAUCAUAGCGCAUUCAUUAUACUUUUACAUUUCCCAGACGGUACCCUUGCUUCUUCUCUUCACUUGCAUGGAAUUCGAUUCUGCUUUGAUGCCAUCUGUUGUUGCCGGUUGCGGCUGUUCCUCCUUGACUAAUUGUUGGGACCUAUCAUUAUAUUCGAAGUUUUUUGUAUCAUAAUAGUAGUGACAUCGCUGGUGUAUUCUUUGUGAUCAAGUUGUAUUCUGAGAGUCCAGGCAUCCGUCUUGACAGAAUUCAUGGCCGUUCUUCGCGAACCUUCAGCGCAAGU